GUGCCCCUGGGAGCCCUGGACAGAGUGCAGAAGGCAAGCACGGGCCCAACUGACCGCAGGAACUACAGAACUGAGAUGGGAAAUGCAGCUGUCUGCUCGUCUUGCCAUGCAGAUAAGAGUAUAAGGGCACACGGAAACAUGCAGGAAUUGGAUAAAGCCCCAGACUACUAUGGCUAUAGCAGUGAGGACGUCAAAGAACCCGGGGCGCGGUCUGACAGCAAUGCAAGCUUCCUACGUGCUGCCAGAGCAGGCAACCUGGACAAAGUAGUGGAAUAUCUGAAGGGAGGCAUAGACAUCAACACCUGCAAUCAGAAUGGACUCAAUGCUCUCCAUCUGGCUGCCAAGGAAGGCCAUGUGGGACUGGUUCAGGAGUUGCUGGGAAGAGGGUCCUCUGUGGAUUCUGCCACGAAGAAGGGAAACACUGCUCUUCACAUUGCAUCUUUGGCUGGACAAGCAGAAGUUGUGAAGGUUCUUGUUAAGGAAGGAGCCAAUAUUAACGCACAGUCUCAGAAUGGCUUUACUCCUUUAUAUAUGGCUGCCCAAGAGAACCACAUCGAUGUUGUAAAAUACUUACUGGAAAAUGGAGCUAAUCAGAGCACUGCUACAGAGGAUGGCUUUACUCCUCUAGCUGUGGCACUCCAGCAAGGACAUAACCAGGCAGUGGCCAUCCUCUUGGAGAAUGACACCAAAGGAAAAGUCAGGCUGCCAGCCCUGCAUAUUGCAGCUAGGAAAGAUGACACCAAAUCUGCCGCACUCCUGCUUCAGAACGAUCACAAUGCUGACGUACAAUCCAAGAGUGGUUUUACCCCUUUGCACAUAGCUGCACACUAUGGAAAUGUCAAUGUGGCAACUCUGCUUCUAAAUCGUGGAGCUGCUGUGGACUUCACAGCCAGGAAUGGAAUCACUCCUCUGCACGUGGCUUCCAAGAGAGGAAACACAAACAUGGUGAAGCUCUUACUGGAUCGAGGUGGUCAAAUUGAUGCCAAAACUAGGGAUGGGUUGACACCACUUCAUUGUGCUGCACGAAGUGGGCAUGACCAAGUGGUGGAACUUCUGUUGGAACGCGGUGCUCCCUUGCUGGCAAGGACAAAGAAUGGGCUGUCUCCACUUCACAUGGCUGCACAGGGAGACCACGUGGAGUGUGUGAAGCACCUGUUACAGCAUAAGGCACCCGUUGAUGAUGUCACCCUGGACUACCUGACAGCCCUCCACGUUGCUGCUCACUGUGGCCACUACCGUGUAACCAAACUCCUCCUGGACAAGAGAGCCAAUCCUAACGCCAGAGCCCUGAAUGGUUUUACUCCACUGCACAUUGCCUGCAAGAAAAACCGCAUCAAAGUCAUGGAACUGCUGGUGAAAUAUGGGGCUUCAAUCCAAGCUAUAACAGAGUCUGGCCUCACACCAAUACAUGUGGCUGCCUUCAUGGGCCACUUGAACAUUGUCCUCCUUCUGCUGCAGAACGGAGCCUCUCCAGAUGUCACUAACAUUCGUGGGGAGACGGCACUGCACAUGGCAGCCCGGGCAGGCCAGGUGGAAGUGGUCCGAUGCCUCCUGAGAAACGGUGCCCUUGUUGAUGCCAGAGCCAGGGAGGAACAGACGCCUUUGCAUAUUGCUUCCCGCCUGGGUAAAACAGAAAUUGUCCAGUUGCUUCUACAACAUAUGGCUCAUCCCGAUGCUGCCACUACAAAUGGAUACACACCGUUGCACAUCUCUGCCCGGGAAGGCCAAGUUGAUGUGGCAUCAGUCCUCUUGGAAGCAGGAGCAGCCCACUCCUUAGCUACCAAGAAAGGUUUUACGCCCCUGCACGUAGCAGCCAAGUAUGGAAGCCUGGAUGUGGCAAAACUUCUCUUGCAACGCCGCGCUGCUGCAGAUUCUGCAGGGAAGAAUGGCCUUACCCCACUCCAUGUUGCUGCUCAUUAUGACAACCAGAAGGUGGCGCUGCUGUUACUGGAGAAGGGUGCUUCCCCUCACGCCACUGCCAAGAAUGGCUAUACUCCUUUACAUAUUGCUGCCAAGAAGAAUCAAAUGCAGAUAGCUUCCACACUUCUGAACUAUGGAGCAGAAACUAACAUUGUGACAAAGCAAGGGGUCACUCCGCUGCAUUUGGCCUCACAGGAAGGGCACACUGAUAUGGUCACCUUGCUUCUGGAUAAGGGAGCCAAUAUCCACAUGUCAACAAAGAGUGGACUCACCUCCUUACACCUUGCAGCCCAGGAAGAUAAAGUCAAUGUUGCUGAAAUUCUCACCAAACAUGGAGCUGACAAGGAUGCUCACACAAAGCUUGGUUACACCCCUUUAAUUGUGGCCUGUCACUAUGGAAAUGUGAAAAUGGUCAACUUUCUUCUGAAGCAAGGAGCAAAUGUUAAUGCAAAAACCAAGAAUGGCUACACGCCUUUGCACCAGGCUGCCCAGCAGGGUCAUACACACAUCAUCAACGUCCUGCUGCAGCACGGGGCCAAGCCCAACGCCACCACUGCGAAUGGUAACACCGCCUUGGCCAUUGCUAAGCGUCUGGGCUACAUCUCCGUGGUCGACACCCUGAAGGUUGUGACGGAGGAAGUCACCACCACCACCACGACUAUCACGGAAAAACACAAGCUAAAUGUUCCUGAGACAAUGACUGAAGUUCUUGAUGUUUCUGAUGAAGAGGGUGAUGACACAAUGACAGGUGAUGGAGGAGAGUACCUUAGGCCUGAGGAUUUGAAAGAGCUGGGUGAUGAUUCGUUGCCCAGCAGUCAGUUCCUGGAUGGCAUGAACUACCUGCGGUACAGCUUGGAGGGAGGACGGUCUGACAGCCUUCGAUCCUUCAGUUCCGACAGGUCUCACACUCUGAGCCAUGCCUCCUACCUGAGGGACAGUGCCAUGAUUGAUGACACAGUUGUGAUCCCCAGUCACCAGGUGUCAACUCUAGCCAAGGAGGCAGAAAGGAAUUCUUAUCGUCUAAGCUGGGGCACUGAGAACCUAGACAACGUGGCUCUUUCUUCAAGCCCUAUUCAUUCAGGUUUCCUGGUUAGUUUUAUGGUGGAUGCCCGAGGUGGCGCCAUGCGAGGCUGCAGACACAACGGGCUCCGAAUCAUUAUUCCACCUCGAAAAUGCACCGCCCCAACACGAGUCACCUGCCGACUGGUCAAGCGCCAUAGACUGGCAACAAUGCCCCCAAUGGUGGAAGGAGAAGGCCUGGCCAGUCGCCUGAUUGAAGUUGGACCCUCUGGUGCUCAGUUCCUUGGGCCUGUGAUCGUGGAAAUCCCUCACUUUGCGGCCCUACGAGGAAAAGAGAGGGAGCUGGUUGUCCUGCGCAGUGAGAAUGGAGACAGCUGGAAAGAGCAUUUCUGUGAAUACACCGAAGAUGAACUGAAUGAAAUCCUUAAUGGCAUGGAUGAAGUGCUGGAUAGCCCCGAAGACCUGGAAAAGAAACGAAUCUGCCGCAUCAUCACCCGUGACUUCCCACAGUACUUUGCGGUGGUGUCUCGCAUCAAACAGGACAGCAAUCUGAUUGGCCCAGAGGGAGGCGUGCUGAGCAGCACCAUGGUGCCCCAGGUGCAGGCUGUCUUCCCGGAGGGGGCACUAACCAAGAGAAUCCGUGUAGGCCUGCAGGCUCAACCUAUGCACUCUGAACUGGUUAAGAAGAUACUAGGUAACAAGGCUACCUUCAGCCCUAUCGUCACUUUGGAACCUAGAAGAAGAAAAUUCCACAAGCCUAUUACAAUGACCAUUCCUGUCCCCAAAGCUUCAAGUGAUGUCAUGCUGAAUGGUUUUGGGGGAGAUGCACCAACUUUAAGGUUACUAUGCAGCAUAACAGGUGGAACCACCCCCGCUCAGUGGGAAGAUAUUACAGGAACUACGCCAUUAACAUUUGUCAAUGAAUGUGUUUCCUUUACAACCAAUGUGUCUGCCAGGUUCUGGCUUAUAGACUGCCGACAGAUCCAGGAAUCCGUUACCUUUGCAUCACAGGUGUAUAGAGAAAUUAUCUGUGUACCUUAUAUGGCCAAAUUUGUAGUGUUUGCUAAAUCACAUGACCCCAUUGAAGCCAGGUUGAGAUGCUUCUGCAUGACUGAUGAUAAAGUGGACAAGACCCUUGAACAACAAGAAAACUUUGCUGAGGUGGCCAGAAGCAGGGAUGUGGAGGUAUUAGAAGGAAAACCCAUUUAUGUUGAUUGUUUUGGCAACCUGGUGCCACUAACGAAGAGUGGCCAGCAUCAUAUAUUCAGUUUUUUUGCUUUCAAAGAAAACAGACUUCCUCUCUUUGUCAAGGUACGUGAUACUACUCAGGAACCUUGCGGACGACUAUCAUUUAUGAAGGAGCCCAAAUCCACAAGAGGCCUGGUGCAUCAAGCUAUUUGCAACCUCAACAUCACCCUGCCAGUUUAUACAAAGGAAUCAGAGUCAGAUCAAGAACAGGAGGAAGAGAUCGAUAUGACAUCAGAAAAAAAUGAUGAGACAGAAUCUACAGAAACAUCUGUCCUGAAAAGUCACCUGGUUAAUGAAGUUCCUGUCCUAGCAAGUCCGGACUUGCUCUCUGAAGUUUCUGAGAUGAAACAAGAUUUGAUCAAAAUGACUGCCAUCUUGACCACAGAUGUGUCUGAUAAGGCAGGUUCUAUUAAAGUGAAGGAGCUGGUGAAAGCGGCCGAGGAAGAGCCAGGAGAGCCUUUUGAAAUUGUUGAAAGAGUUAAAGAGGACUUAGAAAAGGUGAAUGAAAUCCUGAGGAGUGGAACCUGCACGAGGGACGAAGGCAGUGUGCAGGCCUCUCAGUCUGAGAGAGAAUUAGUGGAGGAGGAUUGGGUUAUUGUCAGUGAGGAGGAAAUAGAAGAAGCUAGGCAAAAAGCACCUCUAGAGAUUAGUGAAUAUCCAUGUGUAGAAGUUAGAAUAGAGCAGGAGCCCAAAGUCAAAGCAGAGAAAGACCCGACUGGGCUAGUGAGCUACCUUACAGAGGAUCUCAAUUCCUAUGAGUCUUCACGGGAAGAGCCCCGGCAGCUGGAGCAAGACACAACAGGGGAGCAAAGUGAAGCUCCGGGUAUGGACAGAAGCUCUGCAAACGAAGGGAAGGACGUGUCCUCUGAAGAGACGCAGGCCACACAGAAGCAGCACAAACCAAGCUUGGGAAUAAAAAAGCCAGUGAGAAGGAAAUUAAAAGAGAAGCAGAAGCAGAAGGAGGAAGGCUUGCCAGCUAAUGCUGACAAAACUGAACUUAAAAAAUGCAGUUCGGAAGAGUCAUUAGAUGAAGACCCAGGUCUGGCCCCUGAACCUCUUCCCACUGUGAAGGCCACGUCUCCUUUAAUAGAAGAAACCCCCAUUGGUUCCAUAAAGGACAAAGUAAAGGCCCUUCAGAAACGCGUGGAAGAUGAACAGAAAGGUCGGAGCAAGUUGCCCAUCAGGGUUAAAGGCAAAGAGGAUGUGCCAAAGAAGACCACGCACCGGACGCAUCCUGUGGCGUCACCCUCCCUGAAGUCAGAGAGGCAUGCGCCAACAUCCCCCUCCUCUAAAACGGAAAGACAUUCUUCCCUUUCCUCCUCUGCAAAACCUGAACGGCACACUCCAUUGUCACCCUCAAGUAAAACAGAACGACACUCCCCGGUGUCAUCAGGCAAAACUGAGAAGCACUCCCCUGUGUCACCCUCAACCAAAACAGAACGACACUCCCCAGUGUCAUCUACAAAAACAGAGAGACACCCACCAGUUUCACCUUCAGGCAAAGUAGACAAACGUCCACCUGUAUCACCCUCUGGGAAGACAGAGAGGCAUCCACCAGUGUCACCUGGGAGAACAGAGAAACGAUUGCCUGUCUCACCUUCUGGAAGAACAGAGAAGCAUCCACCUCUAUCAACGGCUGGGAGAACGGAGAAGCACCUGCCUGUGUCACCUGGGAAAACAGAAAAGCAGCCGCCGGUAUCCCCCACCUCAAAAACAGAAAGAAUUGAGGAAACCAUGUCCGUUCGGGAGCUGAUGAAAGCGUUCCAAUCUGGUCAGGACCCAUCUAAACAUAAAACUGGUCUCUUUGAGCACAAAGCAGCCAAACAAAAACAACCCCAAGAAAAAGGUAAAGUCCGGGGAGAAAAAGAAAAGGGGCAGCCCAUAACCCAGCGAGAAACGCAGAAGACAGAGAGUCAGACAAUCAAACGGGGCCAGAGAUUCUCAGUAACAGGAGUUUCGGAACCCAAAAGAGGGAUCCGGACAUCCUCCAUUGGAUUUAAGAGAGAAGAUAUAGCUGGAGAAAAGGAGAAAACAAUUAGGCCCAAAACACCAGAACCUGUGCAGUCAGCAGCCGAAGAAGAAAGCCAGAGAGAGAGCGACAUCCCCAAGGAAAAGAUGGCGGAAGAACAGGGAGACAUGGAUCUCCAGAUCAGCCCGGACAGAAAAACAUCCACUGACUUUUCUGAUGUCAUUAAGCAAGAAUUGGAAGACAAUGACAAAUACCAACAAUUCUGCCUGAGUGAAGAGACCGAAAAGGCCCAACUUCACUUAGACCAAGUGCUCACCAGCCCUUUUGACACCACAUUUCCGCUAGAUUACAUGAAAGACGAAUUCCUCCCAGUGCUGUCUUUACAGAGCAGUGCUAUGGAUGGCAGUUCGGAAAGUCUCAAACAUGAAGGGAUCAUAGGCUCUCCGUGCGGCAGCCUGAUGGAGGGCACCCCUCAGAUUAGUUCAGAAGAAAGCUAUAAGCAUGAGGGCCUAGCUGAGACCCCUGAGACAAGCCCAGAAAGCCUUUCUUUCUCACCAAAGAGAAGUGAGGAACAAACUGGGGAAACAAAGGAAAGUAGCAAGUUAGCAGAGCCAUCAGAAAUUCUUUCAGAAACAGAAUAUCCCACCACCCAAAACGUGACUGCUUGUCCUGAAGGACCAGGUUCCACAGUCACUGAGGACUCAGAGCCCUCUCCUGAGGGUUUGCAGAAGGCCACCCCAGUCACUUCCAAAGAUAUGUGCCCCAAGCAAGAAAGUGAUUGCUCUGACAGUUCUAGUUUAACAUUAGCAAGAGAAAUGCCCAAUGCACUAACUGAGGAAGCAUCCCACGAUGCAAGUCAUCUUACAUUUGGGGGUUCAGCCCACAAGACACAAACUGACACUGAAACUCAGGAGUCCUCAAUACCCUCAGAUGAGACUAAGUCCGCACCUGAUGCUUCUGCAAAGGCAGACACAGGAACUGAAUCAAAGCCCCAGGGAGUCAUUAGAAGUCCCCAAGGGUUAGAACUUGCACUCCACAGCCGUGACAGUGAAGUCCUCAGUCCUAUGGCUGAUGAAUCAUUAGCAGUGAGCCACAAAGACUCUCUGGAAGCCAGUCCCGUGCUAGAGGAUAACUCCUCACACAAAACUCCAGAUUCUCUGGAACCAAGUCCUUUGAAAGAGUCUCCUUGCCGCGACUCUCUGGAAAGCAGCCCUGUCGAACCAAAGAUGAAGGCUGGAGUUCUGCCAAGUCACUUUCCUCUGCCUGCAGCUGUUGCCAAAACAGAACUCUUCACAGAAGUGGCCUCGGUGCGGUCGCGGCUACUCCGAGACCCUGAUGGUAGUGCUGAGGAUGACAGCCUUGAGCAGACAUCACUCAUGGAGAGCUCAGGGAAGAGCCCUCUCUCUCCUGACACCCCCAGCUCUGAGGAAGUGAGCUACGAGGUCACACCCAAAACCACAGACACAAGCACACCCAAACCAGCUGUGAUUCAUGAAUGUGCAGAAGAGGAUGACUCAGAAAAUGGAGAGAAAAAGAGGUUCACACCUGAAGAGGAAAUGUUUAAAAUGGUAACCAAAAUUAAAAUGUUUGAUGAACUUGAACAAGAAGCAAAGCAAAAGAGGGACUGCAGAAAAGAGCAGAAGCAAGAAGAAUCCCCUUUAUCCUCAGACCCAGAUGCUGACUGUUCAGCAGAUGUGGAUGAACCAAAACCCAUGGAGAGUGUGGAUGGUGAAAGUGAUGUCCCUGUGUUAGUGACUUCAGAGAGCAGGAAGACUUCUUCUUCCUCAGAAAGUGAACCUGAAUUGACACAGCUUAAAAAAGGUGCUGACUCAGGCCUUUUACAGGAACCAGUGAUUCGAGUGCAACCUCCUUCCCCACUUCCAUCUAGCAUAGACUCCAACUCCAGUCCAGAAGAAGUACAGUUCCAGCCUAUUGCUACCAAACAAUAUACUUUCAAGAUGAAUGACGAUACUCAGGAAGAGGCACGUACAUCAGAAGAAGAAAAAGAUUGUGAAACCCAUUUCACUGAAGACAGUCAUACUGUUUCCACCAGUGACACACACAGACCUGAUGAUGAUCUCAACAGAGACACUGAUCAGCCAAAAACCUGUGAUGGCCAUGGGUGUGAGGCUCUGAGUCCUAGUGGCUCAGCCACUCCUACGUCUGUAGGCCUCCAGAGUGAAACUGGUGAUGAUAUCGAUGAACAACUGGCCCUCCAUAAGGAAGCAUUAGCUCUCCAUGACACUCAUGAAGAAGCUGUACUAGGGGAAGAACUAGAUGCAUCUGUGGUAGAAUCUCCACAAGGAGAUUUCCCUAGAGACAACUCUUCAUCUUUGUCCUCCUUGCCUCAUUGUCCAGGAUCUGAAGGAAAAGAAUUAGGUGAAGACCUAUCCUCCACACUUUCCACUACAAAAGUGGAGGUCAUAAAAACAGAUCAAGCUUUUGAGAGCCUAUCAAUGGACUGUUCCACUCAAGACUCAUCUAUGACUAUGCAAGCAGAGAGAUUUUCCAUGGAUGGUCCCGUGUCUGACCUUACUGAGACUGAUGACAUCUUUGAUCCUCAAGUCAUAAGCCCUUAUGAAAAUGUUCCUCCCCAGUCUUUUUUCUGUAGUGAAGAAAGCAAAGUGCAAACAGAUGAAAGUCACACCACAAGUUCUCACUCUUCUGCAGUAUAUUCUGUUACCAUCACGUCCUCUGUUGAAGAAGUCGUGGUGGGAAGCUCCUCUAGAACUGUUUCAGGUGAAGAAUCUAAUAUUGAGAGCCGGAAGAUAGAAAUUGACACCAAGCAAGAAAAUACCAUGGGGGAAGUGCAGCCAGGAAAAGCCUCCUCUUCAGAGCCUUCUAUGCCGAAUACACCAGCAGUCAAUGUUGAACAAAUAAGCAAAGUCAUCAUCACAAAAACUGAUGUGGAUGCUGAUUCAUGGAGUGAAAUUCGAGAAGAUGAUGAAGCCUUUGAGGCUCGAGUGAAAGAGGAAGAACAAAAGAUAUUUGGUUUGAUGGUAGACAGACAAUCACAGGGUACCACCCCUGACACCACUCCUGCCAGGACCCCAACUGAAGAAGGGACCCCAACAAGUGAACAAAAUCCAUUUCUCUUUCAGGAAGGAAAAUUGUUUGAAAUGACCCGAAGUGGUGCUAUUGAUAUGACCAAACGGUCCUAUGCAGAUGAAAGUUUCCACUUUUUCCAAAUUGGCCAAGAAUCCAGGGAAGAGAUGCUCUCAGAAGACAUAAAAGAAGGGACUACUGUGGUUGAGCCCCCACAGGCAGAGACAUCAGCUGGGUCACUAGCACUUUCAGAAUCAAAAGAAAUGGGGGAUGAUGAAGCUGACUUAGUUCCAGAUGAUCUGAGUGAGGAAGCAGAGGAAGUACCUGCCUCAGAUACUCAACUCAGUACCCAAAUGGGCAUUUCAACCGUGACUGAAAUGACCACUGAAAAGGAUAUUUCUACAGGGACUGAGGACCUGCCCACUAUGCAAAUGGAGGAUGUACCUCCUCUGUCAUCUUGCCCUGACUCCCCAGAGCCAGUUGUACAAGUUCAGUUAGAUUUCUCCACUGUUACCAGGUCUGUAUAUUCAGGUCGAGAUGAUGAUUCUCCCGAUUCUUCUCCAGAGGAACAAAAAUCAGUGAUUGAAAUCCCUACUGCAUCCAUGGAGAAUGUGCCUUCCACCGAAAGCAAAUCCAAAAUUCCUGUCAGGACUGUACCCACCUCAACCCCAGCCCCUCCAUCUGUGGAGAAUGAGAGUUCAAUGUCUGAAGAAUUUCUCUCCAGUCUGGAUGAGGAAAAGGAGGAGGAUGAAGCAAAACCAAAGUCCAAAAUCCCCAUCAAAGCACCCAUCCAAAGAGUGGAGCAGCAGCUUUCUCAUGCAGACUUGUCUCUCCAGAAGACAGCAGUUCCUCAGGGACAGGACAUGUCAAGCAGAGCUCCAGAUAAUAGAAGCAAAUCUGAAUCUGAUGAGGGUCCUUUGGACUCAGAGAUCAGAUGCCCGGUGAUAAACAGAAGUUACGCUGAGACAGAGGCAGAAGGCAGAGAAGGGGUAGAGGAGCUUGAGUUAGAAUCAGAAGAAGGGGCCACAAAACCAAAGAUAUUUGCAUCCCGACUGCCAGUUAAGAGCAGAAGCACCACCUCCUCCUGCAGGGAGGGCAUGAGCCCCACUAAAGAAAGUAGGGAACAUUUCUUUGACCUCUACAGAAACUCCAUAGAAUUCUUUGAGGAGAUUAGUGAUGAGGCUUCCAAGUUAGUGGAUAGACUUACACAGUCAGAAAGGGAGCAGGAAUUAGUUUCAGAUGAUGAAAGUAGUAGUGCCCUGGAAGUUUCAGUAAUUGAAAACCUGCCAGCUGUUGAGACCGAGCACUCAGUUCCUGAGGACAUCUUUGACACAAGGCCCAUUUGGGAUGAGUCCAUUGAGACUCUGAUUGAACGCAUCCCUGAUGAAAAUGGCCAUGACCAUGCUGAAGAUCCACAGGACGAGCAGGAACGGAUUGAGGAAAGGCUGGCUUACAUUGCUGAUCACCUUGGCUUCAGCUGGACAGAAUUAGCAAGAGAGUUGGAUUUCACUGAAGAACAAAUUCAUCAAAUUCGAAUUGAGAACCCAAACUCCCUUCAAGACCAGAGUCAUGCACUAUUGAAGUACUGGCUAGAAAGGGAUGGGAAACAUGCUACAGAUACCAGCCUCAUUGAAUGUCUCACCAAGAUCAAUCGAAUGGAUAUUGUUCAUCUCAUGGAGACCAGCACAGAACCUCUACAGGAGCGCAUCAGUCAUAGCUAUGCAGAAAUUGAGCAGACCAUUACGCUGGAUCAUAGUGAAGGGUUCUCAGUUCUUCAGGAGGAGCUCUGCAUUACACAGCACAAGCAGAAGGAGGAGCAAGCUGUUUCUAAAGACGAGUCCUAUGAUCACCCUCCCAUCGUCUCAGAGGAAGACAUUUCUGUUGGCUAUUCCACUUUUCAGGAUUACAUCCCCAAAACAGAGGAAGGUGGCUCAGUCACAGCACUCUCCCCCCAAACUCCAAAGGAGCAAGUUCACCAGGAUUUCUCAGGGAAAACACGAGACCUGCCUGAAGAGCCAUCUCUUGAAUAUCAGCAAGAAUACUUUGUGACAACCCCAGGAACAGAAGUGUCUGAAUCCCAACCGGCUGCGCCAAUCGCUAGCUCUCCCGGGCAGACACCAGAGGAGAUGGGCACCCCUCUGGAGGAAGAGAGGCCAAACCUCCAGACCCCAACGCCCAGCGAGCGGGGAGGCUCACCCAUCGUACAAGAACCCGAAGAGCCCUCUGAGCACCGGGAGGAGAGCUCUCCGCGGAAAACCAGCCUCGUGAUCGUGGAGUCGGCUGAUGACGAGCCGCAGAGCGCUGAGAGACUUGAUGAAGAUGUAGCUUUUGAAAAGGGGGAUGACAUGCCUGACCUCCCUCCGGAAACUGUCACCGAAGAAGAAUACAUUGAUGAGCAUGGACACACCGUGGUGAAGAAGGUUACUAGGAAAAUCAUCCGGCGCUAUGUGUCCUCUGAUGGCAUAGAAAAAGAAGAGAUUACAGUGCAGGGAGUGCCACAGGAACCUGUCAACAUCACUGAGGGGGACAGCUACUCUAAAGUUAUAAAGCGCGUUGUCUUGAAGAGUAACAUCGAACAGUCAGAGGUAACUUUGUCUGAACCCAGCAUUUUGUCCAGUACCUCACAAUUUGAGGCUGAACCAGUGGAAGGCCGUAGAGUCAGCAAAGUUGUUAAAACAACUAUGGUGCAUGGAGAGAGGAUGGAGAAACACCUGGGGGAUUCUAGUUUAGCCACUGAUCUUCCUUCAGCCAAAGAUGACUUUGAAGAGGCUUUGAGUUAUGCAGGUAGCCACAUGAAAGUCCACUUCCCCAGUUUAGUAGAAAAUGAAAUCCUGAAAGAGGAUGGAUCAGUCAUUAAAAGGACAACACUGAGUAAAGCCAGUACCCAGAAGAGGGCUGUGGUGAAGGACCAGCAUGGAAAACACAUUGACUUGGAGCACCUGGAGGAUGUGCCAGAAGCACUAGACCAGGAUGAUCUCCAGCGUGAUCUCCAGCAACUCCUCCGCCACUUCUGCAAGGAGGACUCGAAGCAAGAGGCCAAAUGAGGAGCUGCCCAAUUCUCACACCAGAAACCACACGUUCACUCAAUAUGCAACUUCCCAUUUCCAUACAGGAGUGACGCAACUGCCCUAAUUACUGGGAUACCCUGACAUUUCCGCUGUUAGCAAAUAUACUGCAUUCUGUUUUAAUUUUUCCCCAUCCUCUUUCACUAUAAACUAAUUUGUGACCAAAGAUAGCAUCCUUCAUUCUGGAUGCUGUAUCCACUACUUCGUUGUGUUUGUGCUAACCUGGGGACUGGCCACCUCCAUAGUUCUUUGCUUCUGCACAAGCUCCGUGAAAACUCAUUGAUCGGAAGAACUUCACCUGCAGACCUCUUCAAGUGACAGUUGUUAGGAAUCCUGUAAAGGAUAUCCAUGUACAAUGUACAUAGCUGAAAUGCUCAGAUGAACAACAUAUUAAAAUUAAAACCACUGCCUAUCAUAACUGCAUUGGGCAUCAUGGAAUGAAAGGCCUCCAGAAAUUGCUGAACGAUGGUUGAUAAGAUAUUGCUAACACAAUCGAAUGAGAAUACAGUCCUACUGCGCAAGAAGCACUUCAGAUCUAUUAAGACCUUAGAACUUGCAGCGUAGCCAUUGCUCCUAGUUAAAGAUGGGUCAAUGACCUUGAAGAACUGUCCUGAGAAGUUUUACUGCUGGUGCUGGCCAGCCAUGAUUUGUGAUUCUCCAGCAGCCACUUUGAGGCAGGGGAAGAGAGGAGCAGAAAGCAGGGUGAAGCAGUGAGGUACUCAGUUGCUAGCAGCUACAUCCUGUAGCUUCCUAGCAUCUUCAGGUCUCUUAGAUCUUGGACACGUUGGCAGGGUAUUUUACAAGCUAUAACUACUGUAGUUCUCCAGUUUUCAUUGCUGCUUUAGCAAACCAUGCUGUCUUACUGGUGGUACUCUCUUCUGGCCACUGCACUGUAGAUAAUUCUUUGGAAACAAGAUUUGCCCACUACUCACAAGGCUAAAGCCCUUCACCAUGUUGGAGUGGUUCCUUUUUCUUUUCUCCAGAUUUAUAUCUUCUCUAAUACCUGCAUGUGGCAUUCAAAAAUCAAAACCACAAUCCAAACUCCCAUCUAAUCACAUUAAUAGUUUUCCUUCUUCUUACCCUGAGUGAGCACUUUUCACUAUCCAGCUAGGUCUGUUUUUCAGCUUGUUGACAAAAUUGAGGAAUCUCUGAAAAGUUGGUUUUGGUUAAAAUUUUGGGUUUAUUUAUUUGAAAUCCACUCUCCCUUGGAAACUUUCAAGUGCAUUCGUGCACUUUUGUAUUUGUUUGUUUCAACAAAGGGACUAUAUGAUCUGAGUGAUCUCAGUGUCCUCUUCCUCACUCCUCUAGUGGUUGAAGCUGUGUAGCAUUUUAACAUAUAUAUAUAUAUAUAAAUAUAUUCACAAAUAUAUUCAGAAACAGUAUACAUUUUCAAUCAGUUAUUUGUUAAAGAAAAGUAUAUUCAAUGAAGAUGAAACUUAAAAAAAUAAAAAACAGAACCUAUCCUCCAGGGAUUGAACAUUUUCCAAUUCUUUCUGGUCUUUUCCUGUUGUGCAAAAAUGACUCAUCGCUCCGAAUGUCAAAACAAAUGUGACAAACAAUGGCACUUCAUCUUUUAAAGCAGCGUUGCCAAGAGAGAAAAUUUCCUAGGAGGGAGAUUUCCCAUAAGCCAAAUCUCCUAAGCCUCAAAUGUUAGCACUUUUUGGCAGUUGGGUAGGAAAUAAGCAUUUUUUUGGCAGCCAAAAUGAGAGAGGCCACUGGUGAAACUUUUUUGAGAUACACCAUGGCCUUCUUGUCAAAAACUUCACUGGAGCUCAAGAAAAGCAUUUCUGUUGUGUUAUUUGCAGUGCAGAUGAUGUCUGUGUAACAACAUAAUGGCUAUUCACCUUUUUUGAUUUUGAUUUUUUGCUGUGUUAUCAAAAAACUUGAAUACUGUGAGAAGAAGUGAAUUUUUCAGUUGAAGAAUCAGCAUCUUGUUCCCAUGGUGAUAACACUAAUUGAAUAUAUCUAUGAGGGCAUGUAUUAGUUAAUGGAAAAACUACAACACUAACAAUACAUAGCUGCAACGUGUACAAUGGCUGAUUUAAUUCAAUAAAAUGUACAAGUGUUAAAUGUGGCAACAGUGCUUUGUUCUUUUUUAUCAUGAAUGUGUGAUCUUAGGAGAAUAAGAGACUAUGAAAGAGAUGAGAUAGAUUUGAAACCAACAAAAGACACAGCUUGCUUU